AAUAGGAUUAUUUUGGUAGCUCUACUUUUUGAUAUGUGUCGAAGCAAAAUUCUCACAUAUGAACAUUAAGCUAUAUAUAUGUGAAAUUUGUAAAUCUUUGUGUUAGCUUUACUUUUCUAUUGGAUUUAUAUUGGAAGAUAAGCGAAACGUGAGUGAAAUGGCUGGAGUAUCAAAGAAAGACAGAAAUAGCGAGACAGAUGGAUAUAACAACAUUUGUAAGAGACUUCAUAUAGCGACUAUCGAUGUGGAGAAGGUGCUGAGGGCCAAGGAGCUGUUAGCAUCGAUGCAGCGCCGGAGGGCUUUUAAGAAACUGUUUGGCUUUGACGAUGGUCACAGUGAACAAAAUUUAGAGGACAUGCAACGGCUGACAUCAACGCACAGCAUCAGGAUGAUGUCCAUUGCGGGUAACACCGAUAGCAUGUUCAACGACGAAAUUGAAAACUAUGAGGAGAUGAGCGAGGACACAUGCCAGAUGCCAUUUGACGAGGAACGUUGGGGAAAUUUCUUCACUGACUUUGAAAUCCUCAGCUUACCGGAGGGCGUCAAUCCCAAUGGGAACAACCAGUGCAUCGAGAUGGGCUUCGAAAACUGCGUUGAUGAUCUGUGCUUAUAUUUGAAGUCUGGAGUACGCUGUUUUAUGAUAGAUCUCUUUCGUGGUCCACUGGGCAAGAGUCAGAAUCUGAUUGUUCAACUGCGCGAAGCAGAGAUUGCUGUGUCCAAGGAGUAUGGCUUUCCCGUGGCAUCCACCAUUAUUGCCAAGUUGUCGCCGCGUUAUCAAUACAGCGGAUAUUUGGAUACAGUUCACUUCAACAGCAUCAAACUAAAGAAGGGCGAAAAAGUUACCUUGACUACUGAUCGCAAAUAUUCAAGCCAUUGUACAUCGCGCUUGAUUUAUGUAAACGCCCGAUUUCUGCUGAUUGAUAUUAAGAACUUUGACAUCAUACUAAUUGGCGAGGAUAUACAGCUGAUGGUACGCAGCGUCCGUCAGGAGUCUCUCAAGUGUUGCGUCUGCCGGGAGGGUACACUUACGUCGUAUAUGCCGGUCCUCUUUCCGCAACGCUGCAGCAAAUAUCGCGUCUCCUAUGAAGAGUUGGAGGACUUCACAUUCGCCCGCGAGGUGGGCAUCAAUGUGGUAGUAUCCGACAUCGCUGGCACUGUGCAGUACGUGAACGACUUGGAAAAGGUCAUGUCAUCUCUGCAGUGCGAGAAUCUCAGACUCUACGCCCGCGUGGUGAUCAACGACAUUAAAAGCUGUGAUGGUGAAAUGAAUUGGAUCGCACAGCGCUACGACGGCUUCCUGGUGGAGCUAUCUGAGCCAGAGAAUGCACCAGAUAUUUUGCAGUUGUGUCCCGAUGCCCUGUGCAUCUUGCAACUGGCCUAUAAUGCCAAGAAGCCAAUUAUAUUGGAUCCAUGGCAUAUUAGCCAGCAGCGUUUGCGUGUCGAUCCAGAGCAUUAUUAUCACAUAUUCUUCUAUCCGGACAAGUAUUUGGUGAAGUUCAAUCAGUUCAAAGCAGUUUUCUACUUUAAUUUCUUGCAAAGUGCCAUUUUUGAUCAGAUCGUGCCGAGGGACCUGUCCAAGAUGCCCCUCUGUGACAGCUCUCAUACGGGUGCCGAUGGCAUGGCCCGUGCUGUCGUUGCCGCCUCCAUGGAGGCGAGCGCCACAGCCAUUAUUGUUAGUGGCGUGACCACGCGCAUGGUGCAGAAAAUUUCGCACUUCAGGCCCAAAACACCCAUCCUGUUCGUCAGCCACAUGCGCUCCGCUGAGGACUACGUGUCCCUGUAUCAUAAUGUCACCAUGCUACCCUUUCGCACGAGCUACUUCAUUGGCCAUCAGCGCAAUAUCUUUCGCAAGUUCAUCUUUGCCCUGGCCUAUCUCGCCUCGCGCAAGAUAAUCAAAAAUGGGGACAAAAUCAUACUGGUUUAUAAUUAUACUACGGGCACUACGUUUCCCGAAAAGUAUUUUAUCUAUACAUUUGAUAAAGUGCAUUUCGUGGAACAUUUGUCCAAGUCCCUGUUUCCACGAGAGGCGGAAUGUGAUGUUUGUUCGCAAAAGGAAGGUAUGUUUAUAUAUACUCACUAAGCAGUAAGAACGUUCUGCUAGCUUGAAAAUUAGCAUGUUGUUUCACAAGUUCAAACAGACCGAAAUAAGUUAUUCAAAUGUAAAUUAAAUUG